AAGGUCUUCUCUCUCUCUCUAUAUUUGUAUCUCUUCAUUUGAGAGACUUUCUCUUUCUAUAACUCUCUCUAAGGAAGAAGGCCGCUCAGCUGCCAUGGCUUCAGGAGUGGGAGUGGACGUAGAGAGCUCGCCCGGGACGUCCAUGCACGGUGUGACGGGGCGGGAGCCGGUGCUGGCGAUGAGCGUGGCAUCGCCGAUGGUUGCGACAGAUCAUACCGCCAAGUUCGCCCUUCCGGUGGAUUCAGAGCACAAGGCCAAGGUCUUCAAGCUCUUCUCCCUCGCCAACCCCCACAUGCGCACCUUCCAUCUCUCAUGGGUCUCCUUCUUCACCUGCUUCGUCUCCACCUUCGCUGCGGCCCCCCUCGUCCCCAUAAUCCGCGACAACCUCAACCUCACCAAGCAGGACAUUGGUAAUGCAGGCAUCGCCUCUGUCUCUGGCUCCAUCUUCUCCAGGCUCGCAAUGGGUGCCGUUUGCGACCUCCUUGGACCACGCUACGGAUGCGCCUUCCUCCUCAUGCUCUCGGCGCCCACCGUCUUCUGCAUGUCGCUGAUCUCCUCUGCAGAGGGCUACGUGGUGGUGCGAUUCAUGAUCGGCUUCUCGUUGGCGACGUUCGUGUCGUGUCAGUUCUGGAUGAGCAGCAUGUUCAACAGCAAGAUCGUGGGGCUGGCGAACGGGACGGCGGCGGGGUGGGGGAACAUGGGGGGCGGUGCCACCCAGCUGAUCAUGCCCCUGCUGUAUGAUGUUAUUAGGAAGGUGGGGGCGACACCUUUCAUUGCGUGGAGGAUUGCGUUCUUCGUGCCGGGGAUGAUGCACGUUGUGAUGGGAGUGAUGGUGCUCACCCUCGGUCAGGACCUACCCGAUGGCAACUACGCUGCCCUCCAGAAACAGGGGACCAAAAGCAUGGACAAGUUCUCCAAGGUGCUCUGGUACGCAGUGACGAACUACAGGACCUGGAUCUUCGCUCUCAUCUACGGCUACUCCAUGGGUGUCGAGCUCACCACCGACAAUGUCAUAGCCGAGUACUUUUACGACCGCUUCGACCUCCAGCUCCGAACUGCCGGCCUGAUUGCUGCUAGCUUCGGCAUGGCCAACUUUAUCGCACGCCCUGUGGGCGGCUUCUUGUCGGACUUUGGUGCCCGCCGCUGGGGCAUGCGUGCCCGCCUCUGGAACCUGUGGAUCCUCCAAACCAUGGGAGGACUCUUCUGCUUGUGGCUCGGCCGCUCAAACUCCCUCUCCAUGUCUGUCGUCGCGAUGAUUGCAUUCUCUGUCUGUGCCCAGGCCGCCUGUGGUGCUAUCUUCGGCAUCAUCCCCUUCGUUUCUCGGCGAUCCCUUGGUAUCAUCUCGGGGCUCACAGGUGCUGGUGGAAACUUCGGGUCGGGCCUGACACAGCUGCUCUUCUUCACGAGCUCGAAGUAUUCAACAGCCACGGGCCUCUCAUUCAUGGGGAUCAUGAUCAUGGCUUGCACCCUACCUGUGACCCUGGUGCACUUCCCACAAUGGGGAAGCAUGUUCCGGCCGCCAUCGAAGAAGGCUACCGAAGAGCAUUACUAUUGCUCAGAGUGGAACGAGGAGGAGAGAGCCGAGGGCUGGCAUGCCGGCAGCCUCAAGUUUGCAGAGAACAGCAGGUCGGAGAGGGGCUCGAGGGUCGCAUCAGCGCCUACACCGUCCAACGCCACCCCUGAUCACAACGGCGUCUAAUGGCCCAGAAGUUGAUCUUUCUUUCUUGCUCUCUGCACUCUUGAUCUUACCAACUCCGCCUCCCACUCUCAGAUCCUACUCUCUGUAAUUCUCUUCUUCCCCUGUUUACUUCUCUCUCAUCUGAUCGUCUCUGUAUUUCUCAUUUCCCCUUCAGUUCUUCUCUAUAAUAAACGAACUCAUCCUCUCUUGCCUUCAUUCUCUAUGAAACCCACCGAAAUGAACCUUCCCACUUUUUUCUUAUACAUUUUAAUCUGGUUUGAAUAUGCAAUGAGCUAUGAGGAAUCUGUUGAGUAUAUAUAUCUCUGUCGUGCUGAAGAGACGGCUGACAAAUGAAGUGGAAUCUUCAGUUUCCCAACUUCAGGGUGGAGGUUAUUUUGUAACGAUGUAAGAGAUUAGAACAUCUUUGUGUCCUAUAUAAUGGA